UCACUUUCCCCUCCAGAGCGGCCUCCCCGGGCCGCAGCCGAGCCGGAGCGGGGCCCGCCCGGGGGAUGGAGCCGGAGCCGGAGCGGGAGCCGGAGCACGGCCCCGCCGCGGCAGCGAUGUCGGGCGCCGCGGCCGAGCUGCGGGCGGAGGCGAUGCCGGAGGAGGGCGGCUGUCAGCUGGGGACCAGCCAGGACCUGCUGCAGCGGCUCCGCGAGCUGGAGGCGGAGAACUCGGCCCUGGCCCAGGCCAACGAGAACCAGCGGGAGACCUACGAGCGCUGCCUGGACGAGGUCGCCAACCACGUGGUGCAGGCCCUGCUCAACCAGAAGGACCUGCGUGAGGAAUGCAUCAAGCUGAAAAGGAGGGUCUUUGACCUGGAGCGGCAGAACCAGACACUGAGUGACCUCUUCCAGCAGAAGCUGCAGCUGGCAGGUGGCGCUCUGCCCCCGCUGGCCUUGCACCCGGUGCCAGCACCAGCCAACCCCCCGGCUAGCCCCCUGCGCGGCUCAGCGGAGAAGCCAGCAGCCUCACCGCCCCCUGGACGCUGUGCCCUGCACAGGGAGGUAUGUGGCCCUGCGCCGCCCUGGGUCCCGCUCCUGGCUCGGGCAUCUCAUGGCUCCUCUUCUGCUCCCCAGGUGGGCAGUGAGGGGCCCUGGGGAGGCGGUUCUGGCCCUGGCCCCCCGGCCCUGGAGGCGCUAUCUCCGUUCUUCAAGAAGAAGGCCCAGAUUUUGGAGGUGCUGCGCAAGCUGGAGGAAACGGAUCCACUGCUGCCAGCCUGCUGCGGCCGUCCCACCCAGCCCAGCUCCGAUUCCUGCUCCACCCCCCUGGCUGGGCACCAGAGCCGGCCUGAGUCCCCUGGAUCGCCAGAGGGUGUGAACGGGGCCCCCACGCUGGAGCCAUGGCCGGGCUGCUUGCAGCUGGGGAGUAAGUGGCGGGGGCCGGAGGCCGAGGGUGGCUGCGCAUCGCCAUCUCCCGAGGAGCUGGUGCUGAGUGCGCUGGCGGAGCGGCGCCUGGGCCUGGGGCUGCUGCUGGAGGACGCCGAGUGCUACCUGCACCACGUGCUGUGCGAUGGGCCCCGCAAUGGUGAGCCGCCUGCCGCCUUCCUGCUGGACGGGCCCCCGGUGCUGCGUGGCCCCCGGCCAGUGCUGGGGCUGGCAGGGGGCGGCGGGGACGCUGCAGCCCUGGGCUGCCCCGAGCACCCAGCCUGCCUCAGUUUCCUGGCGCCAGGGGGCGAGGAGGCACGAGAGCGCAGCCCCCAGGGCCCAGCACGGCCCGUGGCGCCCAGCAGGGCCAAGGUGAAGCUGGGCCCCCUGUCGCCAGGGCCGCCCUCCCCCUCCAAGGUGCUGCAGCUGCUGAAGCUGCCGACACCAGGGGAUAAGCCGCACCCGCCCCCCCCGCCGCGCCUCAGCCCCCAGCUCGCCCGCAGCUCCAAGAUCCCAUGCCGCAGCCACCCCCCCGAGGCCAGCGCUUCUCCUGUGCUGAGCGGCGAGGGCCCCAUCACACCUGAGCCCAGCCUCGCCACCCCGGGCUCCCCCAGGCCCGCCCGGCCCCCAGCGCCCCGGCCCCCUGCCCGCUCCCCGGAGCCACUCGUGGCCAAGCCCCAUGACUAUGAGAACGUCUCGGCACUGGCCCUGGGUGCCUGCAUCCGCCCGGCCCUGCCGCGGGGGGCUGGGCCGCCCCUGCUGGACACCCCUGAGGGCACCGCGGAGCCCCCCUACGUGCCCGAGCUGUGCCUCUGCCCCCCCAGCCAAGAGCGGGGCGCCGGGUCCCCCCCGGCUGCCCGCAGGAACACGGGGGGCUCCGCCGGGCCCCGCAAGGCUGGGAAGAAGGCACCGGAGCCGGGGCACCUGCCCUUCAAGGAGCGGCUGGGCAAGUUGCGGAGCACCGAGGCUGCGGAGCGCCGGGAGCCACCAUGCACUGAGAAGAGUGGCUGCCCCAGCAAAGACCGGGGACGGAUGCCAGCUAGGCCUAGCGAGGAUGCAGCUGAGCCUCGGGUGUCAGCACGGGUGGGCGGCAGCCUCAAGCAUCAGGAGCACGGCCCCAGCGCAGAGCUCCCAGCACGCUGCUACCUCUCCGGCUCCGUAGGCUCACGGCUGGAGGCUGAGGCCUGCUCUGGCAAGCACCACAUCACCAAGACGCGCCCGCUGGCUACGGGGUGUCCGGCAGGGCCCCCACCUGGUGCCAGGAACCCACCCCGGGCACCCCCGGCACCCCCAGGCAAGAGCACCAAGAGCCCCCAUGGGAGCCCCACCAAGCUGCCAUCAAAGUCGCCCACCAAAGCCGGGGCAGGCAAGACCGCGGUGCCACGCCCACCCACAGAGGAGGCUCCAACGGGCCCCGAGCGCAGAGCCCCUGAGGGUCCUGGUGGGCCGGGGCCGCCCUCGGCCAUCGAGGAGAAGGUGAUGAAGGGCAUUGAGGAGAACGUGCUGCGGCUGCAGGGACAGGAUCGGGGGCCGGUGCCCGAGGUGAAGCAGAAGGACUCCCGUGGCCUGGCCAGUUGGUUUGGGCUACGCAAGAGCAAGCUGCCAGCGCUGAGCCGGCGGCCAGAGCCUGGCAAGGCCAAGGAGGAACGGCGGGAGCGGGGUCCGGGUGCCACACCGCUGCGCCGUGAGGUCCGGCUGGCUGCCCGCAAGCUGGAGGCCGAGAGCCUCAACAUCUCCAAGCUGAUGGAAAAGGCGGAGGACUUGCGCAAGGCACUGGAGCAAGAGAAGGCUUACCUCCAUGGGCUGGCUCGCGACCGUGCGCGGCCCCAUGGGCGCCGCGAGCCCACACCCAGCGAGCUGCAGGCCCUGUACCGUGAGGUCACAGCCCAGGACUUCAUGCAGCAGCUGCUCGACAGGGUGGACGGGAAGGAGACGUCUCUCGACAGCCGGCUGGAGCAGAAGAAUGAGCUGCUGGAGCUGCAGAGGAUCCCACAUGACGCCAAAGACCCCCGGCUCUUCCGGCCCCUCCGCAAUGGCAUCGUCGGCCACCUCCGCAGCUGCGAGGAGCCCCCUGAGAAGGUCCCAGAUUUGAGCCUCAGGGAGGGUCUCCCGCCAGAUGACAGCCUAGCCGAGGCUGUGACCACCCAACUCUUCCCAGCAUGCGGCUCCCUGACACGGACACUGGACAGUGGCAUUGGCACCUUCCCCCCACCUGACUACUGCAGCGGGGUGCCCAGCAAACCGCCCCCCAAGCCCAAGUCACGGUCGGACACACCGCCGGGCACGGCCCCGGGGCGGCCCCCGGCCAGCACCAAGGUGCCCCGCAAGGCCCGGACACUGGAGAGGGAGGUGCCCAGCCUGGAGGACGUGCCGGGGCCCCCCGGGGGCCCCCCCAGCACCGCACCACCUCCCAGCCUGCACGGCCACCGGGUCUGCCCCGAAGCCACAGAGCCCCACUCCGAGCUGGGGAAGCCGCGCCGAGCCCAGCAAGGCAGGAACUGGACCUUCCCCAACAUCCGGGCCAGCGGGGGCCCCGCAGCCGACCCCUUCCUGUGCACCCCCGGGGACCUGGCUGGACUGCGCGGGCCGGCGGGGGGCUCUGCGCGCAGCACAACGGCAAGGAAGCGGGCAGCCUCGGAGGGGCCCCCACCCCUACCCCCACCCUCCCUGGCACUCAGUGCCAGCAGCAGCCGGACGCCCAGUGCCUCGGACGUGGGCGAGGAAGGCAGCACAGAGGCCGGAUCCCGGGACACGGGGCAGGGCCCAGCCGGGCUGGAGAACUCGGAGUCGCUCAGCGACUCGCUCUACGACAGCCUCUCGUCCUGCGGGAGCCAGGGCUAGGUCCAGGGCCGGACUGAGGGGCCCUGGAUGCUGCGCCCCAUGGGACCAGGCAGGAUUGGGGCUCUCUGCUCUGCCCUGCCCCCUUCCAGACCAAAUCCUGCACGGGCCUCAGCGCCUGACACAGGAUGUCUUCCACCCCCACUGCUGCGAAGCCACGCCGUGCCCACCCCCUCCAGCCAGGGGCAGCCGCAGGGUGGUGGAGCCACGGGCCCAGGGACAGGGCAAUAAGCUGGCUCGGCUUCCCCCUUGCUUCCCCACAGCGGGGGCUGUGCAGGCAGGCUGGGACCACAGCAGUGCUGCCGUGCAGGCCCCUGGGGCUGGGGCGCUCAGCUGUGUGGCAUGAGCCCUGCAUUGCACCCGGCUGACGGGACUCUGGGCUGCCUCCCAGCUGGAGGCAGGAGCAGAUCAGGGCCCUGGCUCCAGGAUGCUGUCGGCACGGCAGCUCCAAGCUCCUUCCUGCGCGGGUCCCUGGGGGCCCCCAAAAGCCCCCUCCCCUGCUGCUGCUGCAGGGCCUGCGCCUGGCUCCGGCUGUAUCCCACGGGCUCGGCGCUCUCUGGUGCUAUCUAAAGUGUACAGACCCCCCCAGUCCCCUCCCCGCUUGGGGCAUCCGAUUCCUCCCAGUUCUGAUUUUAUUUAUAUAAGUUAUUGUGCCCCCGCUCUGUCGCCUGCCCCCCCCCCCACCCAAUCAAUAAAAAGUCAAGCGCA